AAUUGAAGAAACGAAAUGGGCUAACAAAAAUUCUAAAAACAACAACCACUCAACUAACAAAGUGCGCCACAAGUUAGCUAGAAGAAAUUCUAAAUUCUUGAAACGUAUCACAGCAGCAGUUGCUUAUUUGCUCGAAAAGUUGCAAAAAAUCGUUGGCUAAACGAAAUAAAAACAAACGACCAUAAACCACAACAACAAUUACCUUAGCCAAUUUCCCAACCACCAGUGUAGCCCACAAACCAAAGCAAUUGCAAGCAAAACGCAAGCGCCAAUCCAUUUCCGUGUAGGCUGAAGCACACGGCUGGCUGCAAUAGUCAGAACUGCUGAAAGAUGGAAGCCACCCCGAAGGUGCAUCGUCAUCGUCACCGACGUUCGGAUUCGCGUCAUCAUCGGCACGAGCGUCAGAGCAGCAACAGUAAUAGCAAUGGCCAGCAGCAGCAGCAGCAGCAGCAGCAGCUCAGACAGAGCAGAAACAUUACUACAACAAUCACACCAACAACAGCAACAACGACAGCGACAACAACUCUUGCAGCGGAUGCGGUAACGACGAUACCAACGCACAAUGCACAACCCAGCAACCAGCAGCUACAACAAUCGCCAACAUCACAACAGCUAACGCAUUCAAACGCAAUUCACUCGCCAGUGCGUGAGCGUCGUGGUCAGGCGCGGACAACAGCAGCCAGUUCGCAGAGCGUGCCAGUGGGAAAUACCGCGACCGCGACCGCCACCGGAACCACCACCACCAUCGCUGGAACUGAGGCACAAACUUCAAUUACAAUUGAAAUUCCCACAGCGCUCACACAAUUCGCGGAUGAGCGGGAUGCAGAAGAUAGCCUGAGCGGCGGCGAUGGCGGCAUGGAUGGCAACUGCGCUGGCAUCAGUGUCACCACAGUGCAUGAGCGACGUGCGAUUUCCUCAGAAGCAGGGGAUCCGUUAGCCGCCACUUCUGUGAGCCAGUCGUCGACCAUAUCGCAGCCUACAGUUUUGCUUGUAAAUGGUCAUUCUCCGCCGCCGCAGGAGGGUGACGACGGCGACGAUUUUACGCAGGCGUCCAAAGCGAUGACGGUGUGUGGUUCGAGCACAGACGUUGGCGUUGCUGGCGCGAAGGAAGAAGCCAGUACACAGUUAGAGUCGCCUACAGCAGCAAAUCCUAAUGGAGGUGGUGGCGGCGGUGGCAGCAGUCGCAACUCAUCCGGUGAUGCACUUAGCCUACGCGAAACGCUACAGCAGCUACCUCCUACACUAACACACGGUCAUCGUCAUCGACGCACACAUUCACCACAGUCGCCGGCGAGACGGACGCAGGAAGUGGACGCCUCGUUUCAUCGCGGCAUUUUGGGUUUCAUGGAUCGUGAAUUGAAGCACAGCUCACCAACGCCGUCAGCGCUGAGUGUUGGUAGUGGUAGCGCAGCAAGCGGUGGCGGUGGUGGGGGCGGUAGCGGUACAGUGCGUAAGUUGCAGUCAUUAUCCGAUCCACAGGCGAGUCCCGCACAACGGUCGGUACGUUCACGCAGCAGUUUGGAGAAGAGUCCACGUCGCAAGCGUAGCAAAUCGGAGUCGCGUAGGCGGCGCGAACGUAAACUUAUCGCCGCUGGUGAAAUGGAAGUGCGACAAGCAAACGAAACUUUAAUGCGAUAUUUGAAGCAGUGUUCAGAGAUGAAUGACGCCUCACUGUCGGGCGAGUUGGAAAUCGAUCAGAACUUCGAUGAACGACGGGUGCAUAGGAAGACAAAAUCGCAACGGGAUAAGCGUGGGCAUUUGAUAAGCAAACUUUACUCUGCUGGUGGCCUCUCUUCCAUAUUACGCGAGCUUUCCGAUGACAUUAUUCCCGCAGAUGGUGAGGAAAUCUACAAUCCAUUCACACCGGUUGUCUCCCCCACCGAGGAGGAUACGCCCGCACACAUUGACAAAAUGUUCCUGCAGACGUCAUCGGGAUAUCGACCAGUUGAGCACUGCUACUAUAAACAUUCGUUUGUAGGCGUAGGGGCUGGUGGCAGCAGCGGUGGUGGAGGCGGUAGCAGUGGUAGCGGAAUAGCUGGCGGUGCAGGUGGCACUGGUGGCGGUGGUAGUGGGCGCUAUGGCAUAGUUGGUGGUACACAUCGAUUGUCAGUCGCGGGCGGCAGCUUGGCUGGUGGUAUGGAACAUGCGGGCAUGUUGCGGGCGAGCGGUAGUUUUGGCGAUACGCGUUGCCUACUCGAUGCCGAGUGUGGAAGGUGAGUAGCGGUUGGUUUUGAAAAAAAGAACAAAACCGCGGCGGUUGUUAUAAGACAUAUUGUGUGGGUGUCAAA